AUGUCUCCAGAUAUUUUCUACUCCAUCAAUGGAUCAAACCAAUUAAAGAUAAAACUAGAAGAAAAUGACUGUUCUAUAAAUGAUGGUCUAGAAUUUGGAAUUAAAAUUAAUUCAUCCGUAGGUAUCAAUUUAACUUGUUACAGUCCAAAUGUCACUACAAAACAACUCUGUACACAAACUACUAGUCAAGUUACAACCACAGCUACAAGUCCCUUAACAACUACAAGUAUAGUAACAGAACCGUCAGGUAUAGGUUUGAUAGGAGGUAUAGCUGGUGGCGCUGUGGUAUUGAUCAUUCUGAUAUUAAUAUUGAUCAUUUGUCUUGUGAGACGUAAACGACGAAAGAAAGAUCAAUACGAUCAACCCUCCCCAUACUCCGAAGAGCUAUUAUGGAUAGCUGGCACCCAUCUCUGUAACAGAUUUUUAACUGUAGCACAAUAA